UUCGAAGUCGCAGAGAUGGCGAUGACGAUCGAAGUUUUUAUGCGUUGGUACAUUGGGUUCGGGAUCAUCACUUAUGCAUGCUCAACAGUACUUGCUGGACUUGCAUUUAUGUUCUCUGCUAGCAUUCUGUUGCAAAUCCUGGCUUGUGCUAUAUACAACAAUUGGUGGCCAAUGUUAUCAGCUCUCAUGUAUGUGUUGGUCCCGAUGCCAUGUCUAUUCUUCGGUGGUGGCUCCACUCAAUUCUUAACUAGCAGAGAUGGUGGGGGCUGGAUCAAUGCAGCGAAAUUCAUGACGGGUGCAUCAGCUGUGGGGAGCAUCGCCAUACCUGUUAUCUUGAGGCACGCACAUCUGAUUGAAACAGGAGCCAUGUUCAUUGAGUUCACAUCCUUCUUCAUCCUUGUCUGCACGGUCUUGUGUUUUCACGGCGUUAGCCUCGAAGAAGAUUGGUAAGAGCAGAUAAAGUGCAUCUCCGCACUAGAAUCUUCUUGUAUAUCCGAAAUAUCAUUGGAAAAAAAGAAGAUGAAACGGAAAAUCCUACUGAGAUAUAUCGAUUGAUAUUCAUAAAUGGAAUAAUUCUGGGGUGACAGGUUCCCCUUUGAGAUUGAUGGUCGCAGCCAUGAUAUGCUCAUCCAUUUUGUAGGAAUGUUCUUUAGCAAAUUGGACUGUUAUGAUGCAAAUGUAAUAGAAGUUCUAUGAAGUGUA